CCGAGGCUCCGCCCACCUCGCGGCCGUCCGCAUGCUGCCCGCGCGCCUGGCUUGCAGGCUGCUGUGCCGGGUCCUGCGGGGCCCGGCGCCAGCCACAGCGUGCCAUGGCCCUGCGCGGUGGCUCCUGGCAGGGAAGUGUGAAGCCGCUUUCUCCCAGAGCCCAUCAUCCCUGGGCCGCCGACUGCCUCCUGGCUCCACGGCGACCGAGGACCACGAAGAAGGCCCCGACAUGGAAGAGCGCUUCCUGUUCCCGGAGUACGUCCAGGAGCAGGACCCCGAGGAACAGCUGAGAGAGUUGCGGGAGCUGCAGCAGCGGCAGCAAGCUGAGGAGCGACAGAGGUUGCUGCGACGGGAGGAGCGGCUUCAAUGGAAGUUGCGGGCUGGCCUCCGGAGUCUGCAGGUCCCCGAGCUUCCAGACGCCACGGUGCCACCCAGCGGCAUCUACUGCUCGGGCUGUGGGGCUGAACUGCACUGCCAGCAUCCCAGCCUGCCCGGCUACCUGACGGAGGAGAAGUUUCGCGGGGUUGCACGGGCGGACGGCGGACGGCCGCGGACCGUGUGCCAACGCUGCUGGCUGCUGGUGCAUCACCGACGUGCCCUGCGCCUGCGGGUGAGUCGCGAUCAGUACCUGGAGCUAGUGAGCGCCGCGCUGCGACAGCCGGGGCCGGCUCUGGUGCUCUAUAUGGUGGACUUGCUCGAUCUGCCCGACACCCUGCUGCCCGACCUGCCCAAACUGGUGGGCCCCAAGCACGUCUUCGUGCUGGGGAACAAAGUGGACCUGCUGCCCCAGGAUGCGCCCGGCUACCUGCAGCGGCUGCGGAAGCGGCUGUGGGACGACUGCAUCCGCGCCGGGCUCGUGGUGGCCCCAGGCCACCGAGGACCGCAGUGCCCUGUCGGGGAUGAGCCUCAGAGCGAGAGAAAGAAUCCGAAUCCGUCGAGCACCGUGAUCAAGGACGUGCGGUUGAUCAGUGCCAAGACAGGCUAUGGAGUAGAAGAAUUGAUCUCUGCACUUCAGCGCUCUUGGCGCUACCGCGGCGACGUCUACCUGGUGGGCACCACGAACGCCGGCAAGUCCACUCUCUUUAAUACACUCCUGGAGUCUGAUUACUGCACCGCCAAGGGCUCCGAAGCCAUCGACAGGGCCACCAUCUCCCCCUGGCCAGGUACUACAUUAAACCUCCUGAAGUUUCCUAUUUGCAACCCGACUCCUUAUAGACUGUUCAGAAGACAAAAAAGGCUUAAAGAGGAGGCAACCAAAACAGAAGAAGAUCUUAGUGAGGAAGAACAAAGACAGCUCAAUCAACUAAAAAAGCAUGCUUACAUGAUAGGAAGAGUUGGAAGAACAUUCUUGCAUUCCACAGAACAGACGGAAAAAGUUCCCUUUGAGUUUGAUGCUGACUCACUGGCCUUUGACAUGGGAAAGGAACCUAAACCUGUUGUGGCCAUGCACCAGUGUACCAAACAAGUAGAACUGACCCCAGAGGAUGUGAAAGAUGCCCACUGGUUUUAUGAUACCCCUGGGAUUACAAAAGAAAACUGUAUUUUAAAUCUUCUAACAGAAAAAGAAGUGGAUAUUGUUUUGCCAGCACAUUCUAUUGUACCAAGAACAUUUGUUCUCAAACCAAGAAUGGUUUUAUUUUUGGGUGCUAUAGCCAGAAUAGAUUUCCUCGAGGGAGAUCAAUCGGCUUGGUUUACAGUUGUGGCUUCCAACUUCCUUCCUGUUCAUAUCACUUCCUUGGACAAGGCAGAUGCCCUAUAUGAGAAGCACGCAGGCCACGAGUUACUACUGGUUCCAAUGGGUGGAAAAGAACGAAUGGCCGAAUUCCCUCCUCUUGUGGCUGAAGACAUUACAUUACAAGGAAGCGAAGAUUGUAAAGCAGUAGCUGACAUCAAGUUCUCUUCUGCCGGUUGGGUUGCAGUAACACCUUACUCUAAGGGCACACUGCGUCUUCGAGGUUACAAGCCUGAAGGAACUGUUCUGACUGUCCAGCCCUCCCUCUUGCCAUAUAUCGUUAAUGUCAAAGGACAGCGCAUCAGGAAAAGUGUGGCCUAUAAAACCAAGAAGCCUUCAUCCCUGGUAUACAAUCUGGUGAAGAAAACUAAAUAAGACAGACAGACCUGGAUUCACACUGGAUAGAAACAAUACUGAAAUAUGUUGAAGUUUGUAUUACAUAUAAAAAUAAUAAAGAGCCGUGCAAUGAUGGCGCACACCUAAUCCCAGCACUCAGAAGGCAGAGGCAGGUGGAUCUCAGUGAGUUUAAGGCCAUCCUGGUCUACAAAGCGAGUUCCGGGACAGCCAGGACUGUUACACAGAAAAACCCUGCCUCGAAAAACAUAGAUAGAUGAAUAGACAGAUAGACACACAUGAGACAGACCUGGAUUCAUACUGGAUAGUAAGAAUGUUUAGAUUGUAUUAAAUAUAAAAUAGUAAGCCUAUCAUUUUUAAAGAUCUUAAAAGUCAACUUUUUAAACUAUUUGUGAGGCUAUGCUUAUUGAUAAUAUAUUGUUUAUCAAUAAAAAUUUUUUUUCUUGAAUAUA